UCUCUCUCUCUCUCUCUCAACAAAACCCUUUUCCUUUCCCUCCAAUUCCAGAGAGUUCGAUUACAAAACAGCGAGAAACCGAAGAGCUAGGGUUAGGUUUUCCUUGCCUCUUCUAAAUAGUCCCUUUCAGAUAUCUUUGAAUAUUCAGCGCUAUAAGGGUUUCAAAGUUUCGAGGCAUGCCAAACUCAGAGGAAUAAUGGGCCAAACUCAGAGGAAAAAUGGGUCUAAGAGAAUGCUAUCUACUGGUGACAACAUGAAAGUCCAUACUCAGGUCAGUCCCUUAAUUGAAGGGAAAGCAAAUGGAAAAACUACCGGAGUACAUGAGAGUGCUCCUGCCCCUGCUAAUCUUGUAGGAAUGUCCAUUGAAUUCCCAAAUAAGAAUAUAGAAACGGGUGUUGUGUCUGUUGGUUCCUUUGCUGGGGCAGGGUCAACUUUUAGAGGUUUGGUUCAGAAUGAAAAGCAGCUCAUACGAGAGAGAAGGAAACAGGCUAACAGAGAAUCCGCUAGGAAAUCUAGGUUGAAGAAGCAGGCUGAACUGGAGGAGUUGAAGAGCGAAUAUGGAUCCUUGGAUGUGGAGAAUAAAGCCCUUAAAACUGAAUUAGUUAAUCUGAAAGCGUAUUCAGACAAAUUGAGGCUUGAAAAUGCUGCAUUAACGGAGAAGCUGAAAAAUACACAGGUAUGGAAGCAAGAAGGGAUGGUUAGCGCUGAGAUUGAAGCUGCUUUGGCCCUAUCAAACAGUUCUGUGAAUAUUCUUAAUGCUGAUUCUGUGAGCAGGAAUGUGCAUUCGGAAAGUGAAAGCCGCGAGAAAUCUGAAUCUAGAACUAAGCAUCAUCAAUUGAAAACAAGCUGUAGGGCUGAUGCUGUUGCCGCUGGAUGAUCAGGACAUUAUGCUUAAUUUUGUGGUUUUUGCGAAAGAUGGAUUGGUUUACAAGGAAUUUGACGAGUACUUUUAAGUUAUUAGAUUAUAGGUUUCUUAAAUAGGAAAUGAAAGUUUUUCCUGAAUAGGAUGGAGAGAGGGUAUUCUUUUGUCGGUUAUUGCCGAUUUUUGUGGUUUUGCCAAAUUCUUAGAUACGAUAGAUUGAAUUUUGUUGGGUUUCUUAUACGAACUCCUUUAAUUGUUGGCAAUCCUUACUGUCUAUUUUGAGAUUAAUUUCUUUUCA